AUGAAAAAUGUAUUCUUUAUUCUACUUUUUAGUGUGGUAUACACACUAACUUAUGGUUAUAAGCCUGUUAUUUUAUUACAUGGAGUUAUGACUGGUGCGGAAAGCAUGGAGCUAAUUAAGAAACGAAUAGAAGAGAAACAUCCAGGCACUAUUGUGUAUAAUAUUCAACAAUUUGAAGGAUGGUAUAGUUUGGAAAAUAUGUGGUAUCAAGUUCAACAAGUCUCUCAAACUAUAACAAAUAUCACGAUGAAAUAUCCAGAAGGUGUCAACUUUAUAGGUUAUUCUCAAGGUGCUCUUCUUGGUAGAACUAUUCUUCAAGCUAAUCCAAAUCACACAGUUCAUCGAUACAUAUCAUUAAGUGGUCCUCAAGCUGGACAAUAUGGAACACAGUUUCUUCAUUUAUAUUUCCCAGGAUUAGCUUUAGAAACAGCUUUUGAGUUAUUUUAUUCUAGAGUUGGACAACAUACUUCUGUAGGAAAUUAUUGGAAUGAUCCUUAUCAUAAAAAGUUGUACAUGAAGUACUCUCAAUAUUUGCCAUACAUAAAUAAUGAAAUUGAAAAUGUUAAAAGUGAUGAUUUCAAAAAUGCUUUGCUCAAAUUAGAUAGACUUGUAUUGAUUGGGGGGCCUGACGACAAUGUUAUAACACCUUGGCAAUCUAGUCAGUUUGGAUACUAUAACGAAAACGGAACAGUGAUAGAUAUCAAGGAUCGUGCCAUAUUUCAGCAGGACUCGAUUGGAUUGAAAACGCUUUAUGAAAAAAAGAAAUUAAAGCUAGUCACUGUGCCAGGCGUCAACCACUUCAUGUGGCAUCUUAACAUGACGAUAUGUGAUAAUUAUAUUUUACCGCAUCUUGAUUGA